GUGCCAUCCUACACUGUUCAAACAACCCAAAAAUCUCCUCUGAAUCUUCCAAGAAGGAAACCAAACUUAAAAGCAGAUAUGUCUGGAAUCAAAGGGAAAUGUGUUGCUCAGAAGAUCCAAUGCCAAGAUCCAUGCAACCCUUGCCAAAAUGUAGUAGUCUGCAAAGUUCCAUGCCAAGACCCAUGUAAGCCUCACCAUCAUCACCAUGGCACCGUCUAUGUUCGCCAACAAGAUCCAUGCAAUCCAUGCAACCCUUGUGUUGUUCCCUGUUGUCCUGAUCCUUGUGAUCCCUGCCAGGGUCAAGGACAUUUCUGCUGUGAUAAAUGAAGACGUCAUGUUUGUGUCUAUAAUCUGAUCUACCCAUUUACUUCUCUGCAAAAUAAACCACACUCCUCUCAUUGUACAAUGUUAAAUCCUACAUCUUUUUGUCUCGGGUUAAAUGACCCUGCUCAAUAAAAUCUUUGCAACUGAUAUGUUUUUGCAUUUCAUCACUUGUUCUGUACUUAAUAAAUUGUCAGUCUUAUCAAACAUA